AGUGUACAUGUAUUUGUUCCUCUCUCUGUUGAGUGCUUUUGUAUAAUUAACUAUUUUAUUUGGACUUUAAAAUGAAACCUUUAUUAUCACUGAUUUUAUUACAGGACUAGUGGAGUGUUAUGUGUAUCAUUCUCAGGUCUAUUGUGGAGCAUCAAUUACAAAGUAAAGCUAUUCACCACCUAUCACAGUAGAUGGCGUAGACAUCGGUCCAUCAAUACACCUAAACCCUCUCAGUGAACCACAUCCGCACUUGUCUCCUCAAUAGGAUCUAGGACUAUAUAAACAUUUUAACAGCACCAGCAGUUACAGUUUUAAUUGCUUUUUGUUUGGGAGAGUGUUGAAUUGAAUUAUUAUAUUAUUUGAACUCUACCAAAUCAAUAAAGCAUGAUUUUUUACUUGUAAAUUUACAUUACAAUAAUAAGAUUUAUCAUAGAGACACUAGAGUGUUUUUCUGUGCAUUGUUUUCCAUGAGAUCAAACAAUACAAACGCCCCUUAUCGCUUCAUUGGCCAAUCAGGCACAACUCUCGUUGAGGCAAUCUCGUGUUUCUUAUCGCGAUAGUUCAUGGGAACUGUGCUCGAUUUAAACAAAACUGGCGGUUUGUAGUUCUGACUGUCCAGAAGACUGUCCACACGUCGAGAUGGCAGCAGAGGAGGAGGUCCAGCUGCUCCGGAGCCAGCUGAGGGAGAGGGAGGGGCAGGUCCAGCAGGCUGCUCAGGCUGGUCUAGACCUCCUCAACCAGCACAUGGAACUGCAGAACAGACUGGAUGAUCAGAGAGUAGAGAUGACCAAUGCACUAGAGGCCCUCGAGCAGGAGAAGUACUCCCUGCAGAAGGAAGUGGAGCUGAAGGCUCGGAUGCUGGAGUCACUGCAGUCAGACUAUGACCUUGUGAAGACCCAACAGAGACAGCAGCUCCAGGAGCAACAGGAACACCUGGAGAGGAUCCACAGCAAGGCACUCAGUGAGCAACACAACAAGAUGCUGAGGUUGCAGUUGGCUCUGGAUGAGUCUCAGCUCAGUGAGAAACAGCUGAGACACAAACUGGAGGUGCAAACAGAGACUCUGAAUAAAAAAAUGGAGGAGCUGCAAACUCUGAACGAACACACCCAGAGUUCCAUGACGUCUGAGGUGAUGGAGAUACAGAUGAAGAUCAUGGAUCUGGAGACUAUUAAGGUGGAGUUGGAGCAGACUCUGCGGGAAUCUCAGUACAGAGAGCAGCAGUUGGAGCUGUCCAAUAGCAGCGUGCAGCGUCACCUGGAACGAAUCACAGAGGAGAAGGAGGACCGAGAGAAAGAGGCUGUUUCCUGGUUUAAUGCCUUAGAGAAAUCUCGUGAGGUGAACCGGGACCUCCAGAUCCAGUUGGACCAGGUUCUACAGAAGGCCCAUGAUCCCAACAGCAAAGGGAACUCCCUGUUUGCUGAGUUGGAGGAUAAGCGUGCUGAGAUGGAGAUACGGCUGAUCAGUAUGAAGGUCCAGUAUCAGUCCCUGCAGAAACAACACGCCUUCAGCAAACAGCAGCUGCAGCGCAUGAAGGUUCAAAUAGCCACUCUGAUGCAACUCCAGGGGUCCAGGGCUGACCCUGCUCAGCUGGAGAGACUGCAGUCCAUGCUCUCUGAGAAGAAUGGGGAGAUCCAGAAUCUCAUGAGUAAACUACAGAGACUGGAGAAGGUGGAGAUAUUGAAGUCUCAGCCAGCUAAUCCAGCUCCAGCAGAGAGCAAUGAUGGCCAAGAUGAAACCUACUACACUGACCUGCUCAAGAUGAAGCUCAACAACACUGUUAAGGAUGCAGAGCGUCUAGGAGACGAGCUUUCACUACAGAGGAUGAAGUCUUUGUCAGAGAGUCAGAGAGCUCUGGAACUGGAAAGAAAACUCUUCUCAUCUGAACGGCUGCUCAAACAGGCUCAGAGUGACAAGAUCAAACUACAGCUACGAGUAGAGGAGCUCCAACACAAAUAUGAACCCAGAGAGGUGAAAAAGAAUGUGAUCCAGAAGAGAAAGAAAGAGAAACUUCCUGUGGACAUCAUACCCUCUGAUGACACCACUCCUAACAAGGCAGUUACCAUGGAGAUGGGUGUCACACAUAAUCAGACUGCAGGCCCUGAGACUGACACCUGUUCUACAGUAAAGGCACUGAGCUCCACACAAGGUUCAGAGCCUACUGAGCCACGGCCAGCAAAGUGUGUGAAGAUCAGUGGAGAUGAGCCUGUUGUAAUUCCCAACCCCAGCUCUCCUGUGACUGACUGUAUAGAGAAGAUGUUAGAGGAGAACCAGCAGCAGAACCAGGAGGAGAACCAGCAGCAGAAUAAACGAGAGGAGGGAGUGAGGAAACCAAGAGCAGUGGAGAUGAUCCACGUCAGCUCUAACAGCAGUAUGGAGAACCAGUGUGCUCAACAGUAGGCCUUAUCUGGAACACAGUUUAUGCUCUAUAUGUAUAUGUGCUGCUAUAACCUGAUAGUCUUUUUCAUUCACAUACUGACUUGUACAUCUCUCUGCUCAGUUCACUGUAUUAUUAAAUCUUACACAAUUAAAAUAUUUGCAACAGUC